UUCCGACCGGCGUGUGUUCUCGUUCUCCUGUUCUUCCUCGUCGUCAUCACUCGUCCGUAGGCACUUGUCGGUUCGAAGUUGUCGCCCACGCAGGUGGCAAUACACAUUCUUUACCUACACGUAUUUUGACAGUCGGCCAUUCGCCAUGGCGUUCCGCGCGGCGGUGCUGGCGGCGCUGCCAGCGUCGUGCUCUUCCAUCUCGUACAUCCGCAAGGGGUCCGCACAAGAUGCCGGUUUCCUGGAGGAGGUCGCAGAAGAUGAGAUCAUGCACGGGCUCAUGGAAGGAAUGCCACGCUUCCUGGAGAAUGACGGGGGCGGUUGCAAGCAGGCGGAGCAGGGGACCCCGUGCCACGACGACGUGACCUGGCUCCUGGCAAAAGGCUUCGAGAAGCACCCGGAGUGGUACCCAGGCUACACCAGCAGGUCCAGCUUCGAGGCGGUGCAGGACCUGCUCUACCGUGCUGGAAAAGCACAGUGCCCCAGGCCUUGCUUUUCGGAUCCGAAGGCGCGGGAUGUGGGCGCCGAGGCGGAGUCGAGGAACCUGGUGCUGAGUUCCGGCUGCGUGGAUGCGGUCGAGGGUGACCUGUGUUUCCGCACCGUCGGGUGGCUGAAGCAGAAGGGUCUUGAGCAGCACCCUGACUGGUUUCCUGCCCUCGACGCCGAGUCCAGCGCUGCUGCGAUCCAGGCGGAGCUGCACCGCCAAGGCAAGGCCCAGUGCCGAGAGCCCUGUGCGCCCGCCGGGGGCCCGCCGUACCGCGCCCUGGGGGCCGCGAAGCCCAGCCUCCGGGUUCGCACGGGGUCGGAGGAUGCGGCCAGCUGGAUGUGGGAUUUCCCCAAGGCGGAGGUGACACCGACCACGCAGGCGGGCAAAGCGCUGAUGGAGUGCCUCCAAAAGCUGCUACACGCGACCCCGGAGAACUUCGCCGACCUCAGGGCGGAGUGCGAGGGCCUCGUGCCAGGAGAGGGCGACGCGCAGCGCGCCGUGCUGGUGAAGGAGUCCGUGAAGUUCAUCUCGUGGGCCCAGCAUCAUGUGCAUGACGUGAGGGCCAAGCGGCAGGAGAGCGCCGACCAAGACGGCGAGGCGGCUGACCCAGCCGCGCGGCCCGAGGUGGCCGAAAACGGUUGUAUGGACGCGCUUCAGAACUCGGUGUGCUACACCGCAGUCUCCUACGGUCUCUCGGAGGGGAUCAAGAAGUACCCCAGAUAUUACGAGGGCCUGUCGGAGCAUUCCAGCUUCGAGAAAGUCCAGGACUUUCUGUGGCGCAGCAACCGGCACGGCUGCCCGAAGCCUUGCCCCAGGAAGCGGGUUGACAUCACCCAGUUCGACAAACAUCCCGAGUUGCUCCUCUACAAGAAGAGGGUCGCAGACUGGAGCAUUGACGAGAUGAACAGGUACAUCAGUGGCGAGUGGGACGGCUACGAGUCGAGGAUGUUCGACAAUCGUGAUGAGGACCCCCUUCCGACAGCCGACACCAAGCCAGUUGCCGAGGAGACACACGAGGAGAAGAAUGUCCAAGACAUGAGCACUGACGAAUUGGCCCGUGUCCUUGACGGCGAUCUGGAUGCUUACAUGCCGAAGGCGGCGGCCAACGACACCGAGCCGGAGAAGGCGGCCAACGACAAGGAGGAGGCCAGUGCCUCCGCGGAGAAUGACUCCACGCCGCUCUUCGCGGAUGUUGCAUCGAUGAAUCUGUCACGGGUGUCGGAGGCCGCCAGCGCGAGCGAGCCGGUGGAGGCGGACCACGACGCCGUGCCCGAGCCAACGUCGAGCGACCCCGCGGUCGACGCUCCCCCAGAGCCGCUGGCCGCUGCCCCCGCGCAGCUGGUGGCUUCAGCCCCGACGGAGGCCGCCAGGGCCACCGAGCCGGUCGAGGAGGCCAGUGGCGCCGUGCCCGAGGCAGCCUCGAAUGGCGCUGUGGCCGAUGUCCCCACGGAGCCGGUGGCCGAUGCCCCGGCAGAGCACGAGCACGAGAUCUAGAUGGGAGAAGGGAUCCACAAGGACACAUGCCAUACGCGACUUCAUCAUGCUGAAUCGACACUGCGAAGCCUCUGACCGGUCUUGUCCAGAGUUUCUCAGUUCCUCCCUUCUUUUGUUUAUUCGAAGUGGCGCGCGCAUGCUAUUCCGCCUCAGGCUGGCACUACCACUAGUGCGUCUGCCCGCGGCUUCGCUACACCCUGCGCGCCAGCGCGAGCAUGCGCUCUUCCAACUUGGUCCAGGUAAGUCCUGCCUGUGCUGCAUUAUAUGUUGCUAUCGGUUUUGAUGCUUACCGCGUUAUCUAAAACAUUCGGCGGCCGCAUCUCCGUUCCACGCACCUCCUGUCCCUCCUCAUCCACCUUGCUCGCC